UUGCUUUUUGUAAAUUAAUAAGUUUUGUAAAAAAAAUGUUUGAAACAAAAAAAUUCGAUUCAGAAUACAACGCGCUAAAACGCGGAGAACAUCAUGUUAUUCUUCAAGAAUACAAUGACAUUGUUGAAGAACUUAAACAGGAAUUGGAAACGUGCAAAACAGAACAAGCCAGCAUUCGUUCUGAGCUACAAGCUUUGUAUGUUGAAAAUAAAAAUAGUAGUGAUGCCAUACGUGAUUAUAUUUCACAUGCUCAUUCAGAACAAUGUGGCAAUGAAGAUGUACACAAUAAAAUGGUCAUGAAUUUGAAAGAGCAUAUCACAGUUCUACAAAUGGAGAAGGAUUUUGCGGUCCAAUUAUACCAGAUGUCAAUGAAAGCUGUGGACACUUUAGAACAAGAACUAAAAACUCAUCCAGUGGAUAAUAGCAAUGCCAUAUUUUAUGAGGAGCAAUUGAAAAACAUCAGACAAUCAUAUUCAGAAGCUAUAAAAGCUUUAGAGAGUAAAUUACUUCAGGCUAAGGAAAAUUUUGCAAAGCAUCAGUCAAUGUGGAUGUCGAGUAAAGAGACGAUAGAAGCUCUAAAGCGGGAAAAACAGGAAAUAGAAACAAGACUUCAGGAACUUCAACAAGAUUCUCAACAGAAAGACAGGAAUGGUCAGCAGAAGAUACAAUCAUUAAUGGAAGAAUUAUCUGCCGCGAAAGCAGAGAUACGAGUCAUAAAUCAUUUAAAGUCAGACUUAGAGAAGAGACUGAACGAGAGUAGAAGAGAGGUCAGUAAUAUUAUGGCGAAGUAUGAAGAAACAAGGUGUAAGAUGGCCGAAGCUCUUGAUCUAGUAGAAUCUGCUGUAAAAGAAAGGGAUUUUGUACUUCAAAGAGAGGGUCAAAUUGCAGAACAGAAUGUCAGAUUGGAAACUCGAUUGGCCUCCAUUGCCGAAGAACACGCCGUUAAGAUGCGAGAGGAGAUUGCUAGAUUGAAAGAUGCUUAUGAGCACAACGUGAAGCAAUAUUUGUCAGAGAUCAAACAGUUGAAAGCAGAAUUAUGGGAAAAGGUGACGCAAUUGGAUCGAUCACAAAAAGAGAGCAAAUUGGCAGAGGAGGAACUAGAAAAGAUGCGUCGAGAUUCCAAGGAUUUAUUGGAAAAAUCGGCCGCGAAGAUUUUGACCUUCGAACAAGCAUUGAAACAGACGGACUCCAAGUUGGAAGCUUGUAAUGAAAUGUGCAAGAGACAAUAUAAUGUAGAGAUGCAGCAGCUGCGAGAAAAAAUUGUUAAUUUGGAAGAGAAGUUAGUAACUUCAAAUGAGAAACUGAAACAACUUCAACAACAGAACUCUAUGGAUAUACGAGAUCGCAUCAAGUUGGCCGAUGAAAGGUCGAAGGACACGAUCGAUCACUACGUUAAUUUGGAGGGCCAAUUAGUCAAAGCUACAGAUGAUAAAGAAUCCAUGGCGACAGAAUUGAAAUCGCUACAAUCGGCUUUCGACCGUGAGAUACAUAAGAGAGAUUACGAGCGAUGCUCGUUGGAAACUAAGAUCCGUGAAUUAGAAGCGAAUCUUUUGAAAGAAAAUUACGUAACAGAGGGUAAAUCGGGUAUCAAUAUUUCUCCAAUGCAAGUCUCGCAACAUAGAGCGGAUACAAGCAAACAUACUUUGGAUAUAAGAUUUGAAAAUAUGGAUUCCAACUGGCAGUCUCUAUUAACUGAACAAUUGAAUAAACAACAAGAACAUUUUGACAAGAAAAUAAGAGAGAUGACGCAGCAUGUGACAAUUCAUCAAAAACUAAGCAGAAAAUGGAGAGAUGAAGCAAAAUCUUUGACAGCACAAUUCCAAGUAAAAUCUAAGGAAUUACGUGGAAAAAUUAGCUCAUUACGAAAAGAGAAUGCCGAAUUACACAAAGCACUUUGCAAACAGCAAUUUACUCAAUUUAAAACAGAUACUAUUCAACCUAGUUAUAUACAAGGAUCCGAGACCAGGUGACAAUGCCCUAUACUUAUAAAUAUAAAACGAUCGCAACACAUCUCAGAUACUGUAAAUAUUACAGAGCAAUUGGCUUUACGGACCAAAGAGAUACAAACCUUAAUAAGCAAUGUUUAUUCUUUCUUUAAAUUAUUUCCUAUCUAUUUGAUAACAUUGAUAUUGAUACCGAGUUCAUUCUUUGGAAACAAUGCAAGCUGUGAAUAAACUAGGAAACCAA